AUGGCAAGCGACAGGAAGGAGAAUGAUGGGGUAGAAUGCAUUGUCAGGCAAUAUAUCAACAUUCAAGUGACAGUUGCAACUAAAACCUUCCUCAGAUACAAGGAGCUAAAUGUCCUAAUUGAAAGUAUUCGGAAGUAUUACAAGGACAUUAAAAUCAUUGUUGCAGACGACAGCUUAAACCCAGAAAGGGUGAACGGCUCUAACAUUGAACAUUACAUUAUGCCUCCCGCUCAGGGCUGGUUUGCUGGCAGGAACCUGGCUGUCUCUCAAGUGACAACGAAGUACUUCCUGUGGGUAGACGAUGACUUCCAGUUUACCAGUGAGACCAAAAUUGAGAGUUUUGUGGAGAUCAUGGAGGCUGUGCCAGAGUUGGACAUUGUGGGUGCUGCAGUGAAUAACGAUCAGUUCUAUUUCAAACUAGUCUAUGAGAGUGGGGACAUGGAAGAGGGAGGCUGUCUUUCCAGAGUCUUCAACACUGUCCACCAGGCUCUCCCCAGCUAUCCACAUUGCUCUCUUGUAGAUGGCGUCGUCAACUUCUUCUUGGCCCGAACAGACUCAGUGCGUAGGGUGGGCUUUGACCCCGUCCUUAAAAGAGUGGCUCACAGUGAGUUCUUUAUGGAUGGCCUUGGAGAGCUGUUGGUUGCCUCUUGUGGCAAUAUCAAAAUUGGCCACCAGGCUCACGUUAACCACAAUACCUAUAGUGAAUACAGGACGCAGAAGAAAACUGAUGAGAGAAGGAAACUAGCCCACCAUUUCUGGGAUUACAAUUUGUUCCACUUAGACUGUUGA